GCCUGGAAAAGUAUACACUUUGUCAAGAUGGUAUGUACCACAAGCAAGACCAGUUUGGCGCCUUCUGCCAACUUUCAUCCAAAUCAUUGAAUUGAUUGAGGAGGAAGAAAAUAAUUACUGGGCUAUCAUGUCUGCCGUCUUUGAGGGGAAACCUGUUGCUUCUGUUACAUCUAACCCAAGUUUUGAGAAUAAGCUGGGCUAUAACUCUUCUAAUUCAACAUUAAGGGACUCUGGCAUCAACAAUAAGGUAUAUUUGCUGAGGACAAUGCUUCAAUGGGAGAAGCAACUGCGCUCUGAAGCAAGUCUCCAGCGAGUGGAGUAUGCUACAAAACCAUACGAAGCAAGCUCCGGUAUGCUAGGCGAGGUGGUCAUCGUAUGCUGGCCCAAUGGGGACAUUAUGCGCCUGAGCACUGGCAGCACCGCUGCUGAUGCUGCUCGGAGAGCAGGGUUGGAUGGGAAAUUGGUUUCAGUAAAUGGCCAGCUGGUAGUGCCCAAUACAAAGUUGAAAGAUGGUGAUGUGGUUGAGAUCAGAAUGUAGAUAUGUCUCGCUAUGUUCAAUCAAGCAGAGUCUGUACAUCAUGUAUAUUCAUUGCAGCUGUGGAAAAGCGCUCGCAAUAGAUUGAAGUUCUAUGUCCUGGGACAGAGUAAUUCAUUGACUAGCUGCUGAGCAAAGUCCAUUUGUUUUUCAUAGUCGGGCCUUGGAGUGGCUCUUCAAAUUGUACAUAUUGUUAACUUUUAAGGCUCAAAUGUAAAAAACUCUUGACACAGGGAGAGCGUUGUACCGCUUUGGAAAAAUGGAAAAAGGUUAUUCUAAAGACUCUUUUUGGUUCA